UUGACGAGUAAUUUCCAUAAGUUUAGGAGGAUUCUGUUAGUGUUAAUAUUAUCAAUACCACUUAAGUUAACAGUGUUAGUAUUACUAUUAUUUUGCUUGCUAUACUCUUAAUACUGAUAAUAAUAUUGUUAUGGCGUCACCAGAAGUAAUGGAGUCGUCCUGCGAACGACUAUCUUUUGAACCAGCAGUUUAAUGCACACUCACAGACUAUUAAAUCUAGUGCUUCAAAGUCUGAAAACUGCUGACUGUGGUGUUAUAAUUUUAUAUUCAUAACUUCUUUUGUUUGCUUAUGACUAGUUAUGUGUUGCUUCAAUCUGACAUGAAACUUGCAUUACGUUUGCAUAAAAUGGAUGUAUCUGCAGUUGUAGUCCAUUAAAGUUCUGUGACCUCAAUGCCUAAAGUUCAACUGAUUGACCUCCAGAUUUAGAAGAAUUAUGUUACUGUUUGUACAAUCUGCUUGCAAAGUUUUCAGUAAGGAUUAUCAUUUUACUUGUGUGACCAUGAAGAUCUAUAUACAAAUUCUAAUAAGAAAUUGACCUGUUAAAGAAUUCUUCUGACUUACAUACUAAAACUAUCUUCAUUUUGUCGAGCCAGAUACCAAUUGUUUUAUGAUCAGAUAUCUUGUUUCAGUUUCUAUAUCUUCGGUAUGACUGAGGAGAUCAUCAAAGAUAUUCGUCUUAGACUUGCAGCUGUGAUAGAUGCUAUCAAUAGCUUGGAAGAAUUAAGAAGAGUCUUACAUGAAAAUGCUCAAGAAAUGAAAGUAACCAUAAAAGAAAAAAUCAGUGAACAGUACUUCCUUAUGAGACAGAGAGAGGCGGAGCUUAUGCAAGAGAUAGAUGCUGUAACAUACAGCCAGCAAAAUCAGCUUUUAAAGAACCUGUCAACAUUGUAUCAUGUAGUGGGUGAGUUGAAGUACAAGAUAAAAGCUCUUGACAGAGGAUCAGUUGACAAAUUUCUGGACAGAGAAGAGUAUGGAAUUCCAGAAUUACAACCUCCUCAAAAAACUGAACUACAAUUUGACGAUGAAACUCUAAAAUCGUGUAUUCUCAGUUUUGGCAAAAUAGAAAUGACCGAGAUUUGUCCAGAAAACUUGGCCUGUAGUAAAAUAUGCAGAAAUGUCAACUGCAAAUCACUAUUAGGCACUCACCACUAUAAGUCCACUAUUCCACAAGAAAGAACCAAAUCUCUUGUCCAGCAAUGGCUACAGACCAUGACUCUCACUGAUCCAGUGUCUGACUCAGAAGAAUUUGUUAUGGUGACAGAAGAAAAACAGUCUUUAGUAACAUCCUCAGACUCUAUAGAACUGGUUUCUCAACCAGACAGCCAAACAAGUACUCAAGAAUUGGGGAAGAACCUAUCAUUUAAGGACGAUCACAUGUCUUGCAACUGUCUUUCACCUACCAAUGUAGAGAUAGAAAACCUAGACCUCCUGUCUUGUCUUCCAAAUAAUGCCAUAGGAUUUGAUAGACCAAUAAAUCCUCAAGUUUCAAGCAGGUGGCUGCGAGGAGGUGAGAUCUAUUCCAACGUUACUUCCGUAGCAGAGGUCUGCAAAGCCAAUGAAAAAUGCCAAACAUUUAAUAGUUGUGUUUGUGAAGAGAACUGUCUUGUUAGUGCUGUAAGGGAGCAAGUAUUGAAAGAUGAUAGCAACAAAAUGAAUAAAAUCCACCUUCAGGAUCAUAUUAAUGAAGUUAUCAAAGAUAAUGUGUAUACCACUGACUCUUCACAGCCACUUAACAACAAGCAGCAAAACUGGUUACUGCCAGUGGUGACAGUCAUGCAAGAUAAUGUUCAGAAGUGGCUUACAAAUGAUUAUGUCAAGAAUACAUCCAAGCUGAUUCUUCCAGAAUGCCUCCAGAGCUUAAAUAACACAGAAUGGCUUUCCCAAAAUAAUGCUGGAAUUUCCUUUACAGAAAACACGAUAGAUGUAAAUAAUAAAACGACUGGUAUUAAGGGUGUGGCGAGGCAAACUUGCAGUCAUUCAGAUGGAAAUGUUUUUACACCGUAUUAUCACCCACCAGUUAUGUCACAGUGGUUAACAUCAGCUUCUAGCAGAGUGUUUAACACCUAGUUUUAAGAAACUCGCUCAGAUCUUGAGUAUAAAUGAAUGAAGAAAAAUCAUUAAGGUUUAUUUGAGAAGAAAGAUAAUCGAGAUUUGUUGAAAUUUAACAAAUAUUAGGAAAAAUAGUUAUAGUAAUGGUACAUUUAGCUACUGUCAAAGUUUUGUUAGUAUGUUUAGAAAUCAUUUCCUGAUUCUGUUUUCACACAGAUUGUUUUAUGUCUCUGAAUACCACUAUGUAUUUACCCAGAUGUGGGACAGCAUAGAUUAAGAAUAGUUAAAAGUAAUGAUUGGUGUUCUCUUACAUAAAUGUUUGUGCGUGUACUUACAAAGCAUUUGAUAUCUAAGACAUAAAGAUAAUAAAUGCUGCUUGCUUUUAAAAUUCAAAGUGCAACCAAAUAUUUUACCUGUAUGUUUAGAAACUCAAGGGUAAGGUGCGUAAAUUACUGGUUUGUAUCCUUCUUGGGUAACCCAGUAUUAUUUAACUAUUUCAAACAGCUACAUCUUAUACCCCCCCCUACCUUUUUUUUAUUAUUAUUAAUAAUAAGAGUUACAAUAGUUUGCAUGUAGAUAAGUGUUCAGUUAAAAUUUUUCUAAUUGCUCUCGAUAUGGUUAAUGGGUUGGCCAUGGAUUGCAGAGCUGGCAAACUUGGUUUGAAUCCAUGAGAUCCCACAAAUUAUUCUCUGCACUUUAAACUGUGGGAGUAUUAUAAGGGUGACAGUCAAUCCCAGAGCAUGGUAGAGUGCUACUGAUUGGCUGCCUUCCUUUGGUCAUCAGUUCAAAAUCAUGGGUGGUGGCAUGUAACAUUAGUAGCUAUGCCCAGGAUACAAUUGGCUAAUGAAAAUGCUUUUAUGUUUUAAUAUUUCAAUACACUGUUUUUAUAUUAAUUCAUCUUUAUUUUAUUUUUUUUUGUACAUAAGGCAAUAUGUUUUGCUGGCUGUAGUUUUUAUAUAUAUAUUAUUUAACAUAAAUUUAAAGAUCUAUAGCAGGUUAACAUGCAGUUUUGGUAUUAUUUUAACCUGUUAGCUCCUAUGUUUGAAAUAAAAUUUAGUUUACUAUGAAAUAGCAGAAGAGUAACAUUUGUUUCUAUUAGUAAAGAAUUAUCUAUAUAUAUAUAUAUAUAUAUAUACAUAAUUAGAUUAACUUUUGUGGUUGUUGGCAAAAAUCUCAAAAGUUAUUUUAAGUAACAUUCUUGUAGUUGUAAAUGGAUGUCUAAAGAAGAGUAUCAAUAAAUCUGAUUAAAGACA